AUGGGCUGCGUUUUCCUUAUAAGUCUUAUAGCGGUUUUUCUGACUUUUUUGCAAAUUUAUGAACAAGAGAGGCUGGAAGAGUCAAGCAGGGAUUUAACAAUAUGGAUGCAGUCCUUUAGAAACCCGAUUUUUGAUAUUUUUUUUGAAAUUAUAGGAGAGAUUACUAGCGUUUGCUGCAUUGUGAUAGCUGGGACUCUUUAUCUGAUAGGGAAUAGGGAAACUGGCUUAAUAGGACUUAUUGCGUCCCUUUUCGGGGUUGCACUGUCAGGAUUUCUUAAAAUUUUGUUCGGCCACCCAAGACCAUUUUGGAAAUAUUCAGAAAUAAAAGGAAUCCAAUGCCCUGAAGAUUUUGGGACGCCUUCUGCGCAUGCUUUAUCUGCAGGAGCUGGAUUAUUGGUACUGGGAAUAAUGUGGCUCAGGUCAGGAAAUCAAAAUUCAAAAAAAGUGAUGAUAAUGCUGUGCGGGUUAAUGAUUACUGCAAUUGAUCGAAUUUUUCUUGGUGCUCAUUUUUAUUUUCAAGUGAUUUUAGGGUAUAUUUUUGCUGGAUUAGUGGCUAGUAUUGUCUUACAUCCAAAAGUUUAUGCUUGAAUAUAUAAGAUACCAAAUGAUAUAUCAGUAGUAAUAAAGAGUCAUAUAAUAAUGAUUGGGUUUAUAGCAGCGUCAAUUAUAACAGCAUUUUAUAGGAAAAGUAAAUGAAAUGAUUCAUGGUCUAUUAAUUUUCAAGUCCAAUGUGGAAAUGAGCUAACUGUUAAUGAUGCUGUAUAUGAAAAUUUUACAGAUGCAGCUUUGGUGUGUUUAGUAGCUGGGAUGAUUAUGGGACUUUUUAUACUUACUCCCCCCAUCCUUGAUCCCACGAUUGACUGUAAAAAUUCCUAAAAAUUUGGGGAAAUUAACCCCCAUCCUUUGAUCGAACGAUUUUCAUAUCAUGCAAAUUUUUAUAUAUAUAAAAAAAUAUAUUAGUUAUCAAAAGCUUGGGAAGAUGUACAUAAUGAAGUUGUUUUCAGAGACUUUGAGACGACAGAAAGCUUCGGAAUCAACCACCUGAAGUUAUUUAGUCAUCAACCAGGCUUAAAAACUCAAUAAUCUAAUAAAAUAGAGAUUCUUUAAAAUUUAAAAAAAAAAAUUAAUUCAAUAAGGAACAAAUUAAAAUUUAUACAGUUUAAAGGUGUGACUAAUAAAUCAAAAUAUUAAAAAUUGGUAUUUUUAUGAAAUUAUUCAAUUUUUUGCUGUAAAAAUAAUUAUUAAAUACUCUUAACCCUCUUAUUUAAAAGUAAAUAAAAAAAUAUAUAUAUAUUUUUCAUUUUAUAUAUAAAAUUUUUUUCCCAAAAAAUUUGUUUUUUAACCCCCCCCUCCUUGAUCGAACAAUGGCGAGUCGUUCGAUCAAGGAUGGGGGGGAGUUAAAGAAAAGGAAAAACCGAAAUUUAGUUAUGGGUUAGUUUUUUUGUCAAUGUUUUUCAACGUCGGCAUCAUGGGUACAAUGAAGGUUUCUGAUAUUUUGAUAAUAAAAUUCACAGACGAUUUUUGAAGAAUUUUAUUGAUAUGCACUCUUCAUUAUUGCUGCGGGGUAAUACACUGCUACUUGACGCCUGUUAUUAUUAAUUUCUUACAUAUUGCUAAGACCCCAGCAAAAGAGUUUUUGAAGCUCCAAGAAUUAGAAAAGUGUGAAAUUAUAGAAAAUAAAAAAGAGCUGUAA